UUUCCUACAGACCAAGUUCUCCUCAGUUAGGUAUUUUUAAGUUUGGAUUUGUGAACAUGUCCUCCUUUUGCUUUUCUAUAAAGAUGAACAGGAGAGUGACGGAGUCUUGAGUAAGAAAGGUAGGCCUUUUUUCUCUGGACCUGACUGAACUUUAAAACUUCUCUACUUAUUAAACAACACUGGGUGCACACUUUGCUUAACCCCAGGAUCUGGUCAUCAGCCUUUGACCUCAGUUCUCCCCUCCUCACCAGCUCCUUCCCCCACCUGAGCCUCUGGAACCUCAGUCAGAUUUAGAUGAAAGAACCAGUUCAGAGGGAUUGCCUCAGACCACACUAUCUCCACUCGCCCAGACCUGUGGAAGAUUAGCGACCAUGUUUUCCAGUGGGAUAGGAACUGUAGCUGCUAGAAAAAGGAGGGAGUGUCUUCUCUCCUUGCUGAUUAUUGGCCUCUGGGGCUGUGUGACCUGUCAUUGGAGCCCUGUGGAGGACAUCUGCACAGCCAAGCCUCGGGACAUUCCCGUGAAUCCCAUGUGCAUUUACCGUUCCCCAGAGAAGAAGGCCACUGAGGGCGAGGGCUCAGAGCAGAAGAUCCCUGAGGCCACCAACCGGCGGGUCUGGGAACUGUCCAAGGCCAAUUCCCACUUUGCCACCAUCUUCUAUCAGCACUUGGCAGACUCCAAGAAUGACAAUGACAACAUUUUCCUGUCACCCCUGAGUAUCUCCACAGCUUUUGCUAUGACCAAGCUGGGUGCCUGUGACAACACCCUCAAGCAGCUGAUGGAGGUGUUUAAGUUUGAUACCAUCUCUGAGAAAACAUCUGAUCAGGUCCACUUUUUCUUUGCCAAACUGAACUGCCGACUCUAUCGAAAAGCCAACAAAUCCUCUGAGUUGGUGUCAGCCAACCGCCUUUUUGGAGACAAAUCCCUUACCUUCAAUGAGACCUACCAGGAAAUCAGUGAGGUGGUAUAUGGAGCCAAGCUCCAGCCCCUGGACUUCAAGGAAAAUGCAGAGCAGUCCAGAGUGAUCAUCAAUCAAUGGGUGUCCAACAAGACUGAAGGGCGUAUCACUGAUGUCAUUCCCCCAGAAGCCAUCAACGAGCUCACUGUUCUGGUGCUGGUCAACACCAUUUACUUUAAGGGCCUGUGGAAGUCAAAGUUCAGCUCUGAGAACACAAGGAAGGAACUUUUCUAGGCUAAUGGGGAGUCGUGUUCAGUAUCCAUGAUGUAUCAGGAAAGCAAGUUUCGUUACCGGCGUGUAGCAGAAGGCACCCAGGUGCUCGAGUUGCCCUUCAAGGGUGAUGACAUCACCAUGGUGCUCAUCCUGCCCAAGCUCGAGAAGAGCCUGGCCAAGGUGGAGCAGGAACUCACCCCGGAGGUGCUGCAGGAGUGGCUGGACGAGCUGGCAGACACUCUGCUGGUGGUCCACAUGCCCCGCUUCCGCAUAGAGGACAGCUUCAGCGUGAAGGAGCGGCUGCAAGACAUGGGCCUUGAGGACCUGUUCAUCCCUGAGAAGGCCAAGCUUCCAGGUAUUGUUGCAGAAGGCCGAGAUGACCUCUAUGUCUCAGAUGCAUUUCAUAAGGCAUUUCUUGAGGUAAAUGAGGAAGGCAGUGAAGCAACAGCAAGUACCACCAUUGGGAUCGCUGGCCGUUCGCUGAACCCCGCCAGAGUGACAUUCAAGGCCAAUAGGCCCUUCCUGGUUCUUAUAAGGGAAGUUGCUCUGAACACUAUUAUCUUCAUGGGCAGAGUAGCCAACCCUUGUUAAAGUGUUAUUCUUUAUACUUCUUCCUAUUUUGGUUUGUGAAUAGAAGUAAAAAUAAAUACAACUACUCCCAUAUC